AUGGUAGCUUCAGUGGUUACUGACAAGAGAGCGUUAACGGUAGCAGAAGUCUUCAGAGACUGCAGGCUGUAUGUGACGGCUCCGUACCGACCUCAGGGUAACGGUGUUAACGAGUCUAGUCACCGAAAGCUGUCGGAGGCUUUGCACGGAGCGGAUGUUCGGAGUGGUUCGGAGUUGCGCGAGGCUGUGAGUUUUGCUCUGACCGCACAGAACAACAUCCCGGACGGGGCAACAGGGCUGGCACCACUGCCUUUGAUGCGGCCGGAAGCUGUAAGAGUAGGUGCACUUCUGGAGUUGCGUUUCCCAACUACGCUGAAAUAUCUGUCAGUGGGUAUGACAGGCGGAGAAGAGCUUGGUGGUAACGAAAAUAAGCGCGACAUCGCGGUUGGUGACGUGGUGCUGUACGUGGUUACUGAGUGGUCGCUGGAGACUAAUAGAGGGUCACCGUCGGUUUUCAUGAAGGCCCACAAGUAG